UCUAUGACAACUCGUGACAGAUUGACGUUUUUCGGUUUACAACUCAAUAAAUCAGAAUAAUUUAAAUGGAUCGACAGAAAAGUGAUAUAUUCGCGCUCGAUAAAUCCGUCAACUCCGGAAUGGAAAUCCUAUCGGUUGGCGGCACGAGGUUUGGAAAAUUGAACAGAAUCCGAAGUACGACCAGUAAUGUCUUCCCGGUCGGGUGUAUGGGAACGGUCGAAAGUCCCCGAGCCGAAACGCCUCGUAUGCCGGUUAAUGAAAAUAAUUCAUUUGCGAAACCCAGCCCUAGACCUGAAACGGUUAUUGAAGAGGUAACGUCACCUAGGGAAGCAACGUCGAAACGUAACCCCGUAACUGGGGAAGGGGUGAACAGUAGCGAUAUGCCUAAAGCUAGUUCAUCUCGAAGAAAAUUGGAGCAGCCAAAAUUCAUUUACUAACUUGUGUAACAUUUUGUGUCUUUUAGCACAUUAAAUUCGUGUAUCAUUUGCAAAA